ACAUGUUGCCAGAUCAGAAAAAUUUUGCAGGGCUGCAGCCUUUUAACCGGGUGGCAACCUAUUGGGCCACAACAGUGUGUGUAUACCCAACCAGUUUAUCCGUUGUGCUGGCAAAAACAAGAAACGAAGCAUUUCUGAUAUUAUAACCAAUGGCCACAAUAGAUGGAAGACCGGCGCAAUAUGGGAUAUCACUUAAACAAUUACGCGAACUUAUGGAAGUUCGCGGUAGAGAAGGUGUUGCGAAAAUAAGUGAAUUCGGGGGCAUUCAUGAGAUAUGCAAAAAGCUGUACACAUCACCAAAUGAAGGCCUCAGCGGAUCAAAAGUUGAUGAAGAUCACCGACGUGAAACGUUUGGCUCGAAUGUAAUACCACCGAAGCCUCCAAAAACCUUUUUAACACUAGUCUGGGAGGCGCUUCAAGAUGUUACACUUAUUAUUUUAGAGGUAGCUGCGUUAGUAUCUCUUGGUCUAUCAUUUUAUAAGCCUGCCGAUGAGGAUGCGCCUCUUCUACAAGAGGAGGAAGAACACCAUGGUUGGAUUGAGGGUUUGGCUAUUCUUAUAUCGGUCAUAGUUGUCGUAAUAGUUACUGCCUUUAAUGAUUACUCAAAGGAGCGACAGUUUCGCGGAUUACAGAAUCGUAUUGAAGGCGAGCACAAAUUUUCGGUUAUACGUGGCGGUGAAGUAUGCCAAAUAUCGGUUGGUGACAUUCUUGUUGGUGAUAUUGCCCAGAUUAAGUACGGUGACCUUUUACCCGCCGAUGGCUGCCUUAUACAAAGCAACGAUCUUAAGGUGGAUGAAUCUUCGCUCACGGGUGAAUCGGAUCAGGUUAAAAAGGGUCCAGAUAGCGAUCCGAUGGUACUAUCUGGUACGCACGUUAUGGAGGGCAGUGGAAAAAUGGUUGUUACCGCCGUUGGCGUUAAUUCUCAGGCCGGUAUUAUAUUCACUUUACUUGGAGCCGCUGUCGAUGAGCAGGAAGCUGAAAUUAAGAAAAUGAAGAAGGAAAUUAAAAAGGCGAACAAACAAAAGACCAAGAGCCAGACAGGUGAAAACGAUGGUCGAGCUCCCCCGGGUGGUAAAUCACAACAUGCGGCACCGCCAUCUCUGAGUACCAGUGAGGCGAUUAAAUCUGAAUCGGAUGGUAAUCACGUCCAGCAACCGUCGACAUCAACCGCUGAGACGGGACACAAGAAGGAAAAGUCUGUACUUCAGGCCAAGCUAACAAAGUUGGCCAUACAAAUUGGCUACGCUGGAUCCACCAUAGCUGUGCUCACUGUUAUCAUACUGAUAAUACAGUUCUGUAUUAAAACAUUCGUUAUCGAUGAGAAGCCCUGGAAGAAUACCUAUGCCAAUAAUUUGGUUAAACAUUUGAUUAUUGGUGUUACAGUAUUAGUUGUGGCUGUACCUGAGGGUCUGCCACUGGCCGUUACAUUAUCACUGGCUUAUUCAGUUAAGAAAAUGAUGAAAGAUAAUAACUUGGUGCGUCAUUUAGAUGCCUGCGAAACAAUGGGUAAUGCGACGGCAAUUUGUUCCGACAAGACUGGUACACUUACUACCAAUCGAAUGACAGUUGUACAAUCUUAUAUAUGUGAGAAAUUGUGCAAGGUUCUGCCCACCCUCAACGAUAUACCGCAGCAGGUCGGCAAUUUAAUAACGAUGGGCAUAUCUGUGAACUCGGCAUAUACUUCAAACAUAAUGCCGGGUCCAAAUCCUGGCGAUCUACCUGUUCAAGUUGGUAACAAGACGGAAUGUGCUCUACUCGGUUUUGUAAAGGGCUUGGGCGUUAAAUAUCAAUCAAUACGGGACGAAAUUCCAGAGGAUAGAUUUACUCGAGUUUACACAUUCAACUCUGUACGAAAGAGCAUGGGAACGGUUAUUCCAAGACCCAACGGCGGCUAUCGACUGUACACGAAGGGAGCCUCGGAGAUCAUAAUGAAAAAGUGUUCAUUCAUCUAUGGUCAUGAAGGGACUUUGGAGAAAUUCACACGUGAUAUGCAGGAACGUUUAAUACGUGAAGUUAUUGAGCCAAUGGCAUGCGAUGGAUUGCGCACAAUUUCUGUAGCUUAUCGUGAUUUUGUGCCCGGCAAGGCAGCCCUUAAUGAGGUGCAUAUCGAUGGUGAACCAAAUUGGGAUGACGAGGAGAAUAUUAUGACAAAUUUGACAUGUCUAUGCGUUGUUGGUAUUGAGGAUCCAGUGCGUCCCGAGGUACCAGACGCUAUACGCAAGUGCCAACGUGCCGGUAUCACUGUUCGCAUGGUGACUGGCGACAACAUAAAUACCGCCCGAUCAAUCGCCAGCAAAUGUGGUAUUUUGAAACCCAACGAUGACUUCCUCAUACUGGAGGGUAAAGAGUUUAAUAGACGCAUUCGAGAUACAAAUGGCGAUAUCCAACAGCAUCUUAUUGAUAAAGUCUGGCCAAAAUUGCGAGUACUUGCCCGUUCAUCUCCAACAGAUAAAUAUACGCUGGUCAAAGGUAUGAUUGACAGUGCGGUUACUGAUAAUCGGGAAGUGGUUGCUGUCACUGGCGAUGGUACCAACGAUGGCCCCGCAUUAAAGAAGGCCGAUGUUGGCUUUGCUAUGGGCAUUGCGGGCACUGAUGUUGCUAAGGAAGCGUCCGAUAUCAUUCUAACCGAUGAUAAUUUCAGUAGCAUUGUCAAAGCUGUUAUGUGGGGUCGCAAUGUCUAUGAUUCGAUAGCAAAAUUCUUGCAAUUUCAGUUAACAGUGAAUGUGGUUGCAGUCAUUGUUGCAUUUAUUGGAGCUUGUGCGGUUCAGGAUUCGCCCCUUAAAGCAGUGCAAAUGUUGUGGGUUAAUCUCAUUAUGGACACACUGGCAUCACUUGCUUUAGCCACAGAAGUACCAACACCAGAUCUGUUGCUGCGGAAACCAUAUGGUCGUACAAAACCACUUAUAUCGCGCACAAUGAUGAAAAAUAUAUUGGGUCAGGCCUUAUACCAGCUGGUGAUCAUAUUUGGAUUACUUUUUGUCGGUGACUUAAUACUCGAUAUCGAGUCUGGACGGGGACAAGAGCUGAACGCUGGACCAACCCAACAUUUUACAAUUAUAUUUAACACAUUCGUCAUGAUGACACUAUUUAAUGAGAUAAAUGCAAGAAAAAUCCAUGGACAACGUAAUGUUGUUGAAGGUCUUUUCACAAAUCCCAUCUUUUACACCAUCUGGAUAUUUACAAUGAUUUCACAGGUGGUUAUCAUUCAAUAUGGUAAAAUGGCUUUCUCAACAAAAGCUCUGUCUCUUGAUCAAUGGCUAUGGUGCAUAUUCUUUGGAAUCGGUACACUAGUCUGGGGACAAUUAAUCACUUCAGUGCCUACAAGAAAAUUGCCUAAAAUCUUAUCAUGGGGACGCGGCCAUCCUGAGGAAUACACGGAUGCCAUGAAUUUAGGUGAGGAGCGUUUCGAUUCCAUAGAUUCUGACAAGAAACCAAGAGCUGGACAAAUUUUAUGGAUUCGUGGCUUAACUCGCCUUCAAACUCAAUUGCGUGUGAUUCGUGCGUUCCGCUCGACCCUGGAAGAUAUUAACGAACGCCGCUCGAUACACAGUUUGCAUAGCUUGCGUAGCCCUCGGACGGGGUUGCCACCUGUCGCAACUGGCAGUGCUGGUGGACACCUGAUCUACAAUUUAAAUCUGCUGAGCCCCAAUUACAGCAGCAAGAGUCAGCAGCAGCAGCAGCAAACACAGCAGCAAUCACAGCAGCAGCAGCAUGAAUCGAAUGCAACUCUGCCUGCCGAUAUAUCUUACAUUGACGAAGAUCCGCAGCAGCAACGCAAUCUGCAAAACGGUCGCACUACCUCUGCAUCCACAACUGCAUCCACACCCAGUCCACAUUCCACAUCCACAGCUCGCUCUGCAGUUGGCGGCGGCUUCUCAAAUGUCGUUCACAAUCUGCAACAUCACCAAAAAAAUGGACAAAACGAAACACGAAUUUAAAUCUCCCGCCCUUUUGUCCAUUUACAUACACACAGUUAGUCGCGCAAUUAUUUUGACAAUUGAAAACAAAUUAACAUAUUGAUUUGUAAUGCUUUUUUUUUGGCAAUAAUGAAACUCAAUGGAUCUCAUUGUUCUCAGAAAACAAUAAGCAACUAUAAUAAAUUAAGAAAAAUUAAAAGAAAAUAACCCAAGUGAAUUUUCUAUUUUGCUAAAACUUUGUCUUGACUUAAUCUAUUUAGUCAAGUGACUGUUUUGACAGAAAUAUAAUA